AUGUCGCCUAUCCACCCAGUCGUCGCCGCAGCCAUGGCUUUGCACCAAUUUGCGAAUUCCAGCAACAUCGCCUGCGGUCUGGUGUAUGCGGCACCCACAGGCAAUGACGGAACUCGCCCCCUGGCUUCUUUCGCUUCGGUGGUUGGUCUCAUCCUCUUCUUUCUGGGGCUGGCGGGCAAUAUUGCGGCAGAGAACACCUUGUUCGAGCUCCGACGAGGAGCGGCCAAGCGAAAGGCAAAAUCCGAAGGGAGGGUCCAGAUCACUUACGACAAGGUCUACGUGGUGCCUCCACCUGAAGGGCUCUUCAAGUACCUUUUAUUUCCGCAUUAUGUUUCUGAAUGGCUUGAAUGGACCGGUUUCUGGAUCCUUGCCGGCGCAUGGGGCCUAUCGUGGGGUUAUCGCAGCCCAGCCUUGUGGUUUCUGGUCGUCGAGGUGACAACAAUGCUUCCCAGGGCGGUUACAGGUCGGCGCUGGUAUGAAGAGAAGUUUGGUAAACGCGCAGUGGCACGCAGAGCAGGAGCGAUUCCGGUGCUUGGGCUGUGA